AUGAUUCCUUCACCUGUACAUUCGAAAAAUGGAACGACUCCUUCCCUGGCCAACGGGGACCUCCGAGAACUUCCAGAGCGGUACGGAUGGCCUACUACAAACGGCCGAGGAUACAUUAUCAGAGAACAACCCGCUGCAGUGCAAAGGCAUAUUCGAGUCAUUCACCUUGGCGCUGGAGCAUCUGGCAUUUGCUUUUCCAAAUUUGCAUCGGAGACGCUGGAGAAUGUCGACUUCAUUUGCUACGAUAAGAAUCCCGACAUUGGCGGAACUUGGCUGGAGAACAGGUUUGGGAGAUUCUCACUCGUCUCUCGUUGUGAUUUUACCUGGGCACGCAAAGCCGACUGGUCCCACUUCUAUUCGUACUCCGAGGAGAUCUGGCAGUAUUUCAAGGAUAUCGUGGAUACGUUUGGACUCCGGAAGUACAUGAAACUCAACCAUGAAAUAACCGGCGCGGAAUGGCACGAGGACCAAGGGAUGUGGCACGUGAAGGUCAAGAACCUCGAUGACGGGACCGAGUUCGUGGAUAGAGCUGACAUCUUUAUCAACGGUGGGGGCGUUUUAAACAGCUGGAAAUGGCCUGCAAUUGAAGGUCUCCAUGAUUUCAAGGGGACUCUUUGCCACACUGCGAAUUAUGCUGCUGGUACCGAUCUCGAAGGUAAACGUGUGGCAGUGAUCGGCGUUGGCAGUAGCGGCAUCCAAGUCACAGCCAGUAUCGCAUCAAAGGUUGAUAAGCUUUAUACCUGGGUGAGGUCACCGACCUGGAUCACGGCUGGAUUCGCUCAAAAGUAUGCUGGGCCCGACGGAGCGAACUUUGAAUACUCGGAGCAACAGAAGCGCAACUUCGCAGAGAACUUCCCUGAUUAUGUCGCGCACACCAAGGAAAUCGAGGAUGAACUGAACCAGAGAUUUAAAUUCAUUCUCAACGGCACUCCCGAGGCAAAGGAAGCUAAGGAUUUCUCCACGAAACAGAUGCAAGACAAAUUAAAGGGCCGGCAGGAUCUGAUUAACAUGCUGGUACCUACCAAGUUCGGCGUGGGCUGCCGGCGGCCCACGCCGGGAAACGGCUUCUUAGAAGCCUUGACACUGCCACAUGUAACGACAUUUCCCAUGGAGAUGGCCAAGGUUACGCCGAAUGGUUUCAUCGACCAUCAAGGUCUAGAGCACGAAGUUGACGCUAUUAUCUGUGCGACAGGAUUCGACACGUCCUGGGUUCCACGUUUCCCUGUUAAAGCACGGGGAUUGAACGUCCAAGAUAUGCAGAAGGACAAACCGAUCUCAUACCUUUCUAUCGGUGUGCCCGAGAUUCCGAAUUACUGGACAGUGACAGGUGCAUAUAGCCCAGUAGGCCAUGGCUCAUUCCUGCCCAUUAUUGAGCACCUCAUGCGACAUUUCAUGAUGCUCAUUAAGAAAAUCCAAACCCAGAACAUCCGUGCCAUGGCACCGCGGAAGGAAGUAUGCCAUGCUUUCAUCGAGCAUGCCGACUUGUACUUGAAACGUACAGCAUGGACGUCAGGUUGCCGGAGCUGGUUCAAGCAAGGCAAAGAGGAUGGGCCCUUAUCGAUCUGGCCGGGCUCACGGCUUCUUUUCUUCGAAGCCCUGGCGCAACCUCGAUAUGAGGACUACAACAUCAGCUACGAGGGCAAUAACCCUUUUGGGUUCUUCGGGAACGGGUUCACCCUCCGGGAGUACGACAACAGUGACCUUUCAUAUUACUUGGGCACCGCAGAGAAUCUAGGUGCGCUGCUUCCUACUUCCAAUUAUUCGUCGAAGGGAACGGACUCCUUAGACAGAACUUCGAACAAGGACGCAGAGGAAUAA